GUGACGUUAGAUAUCCCCGCUUAGAUCCACGUCUUGGUGUGCUGGGCAGGGCACUACUAUAAAAGCUAUCGUCUAUGCUCCAACAUCAUGUAGUGCUAACUUCUUUUGCACAAGACAAACUAAUUCAAACCAAUUCAACAUGAAACUGUUGGUCGUUUUCUUCGCUGUUGUUGCCGCAGCUGCUGCUUAUCCUGGUUAUGAGCACCACCAUGUGCACCAUGUUGAUGCUAUCCAUAUUCCCCAACAACCAGCAAUUCCACCAGUUCACCCCCACCCAUUGAAACUCGACUCGCAUGCUGGAGUUAGCAAAAUCCAUUACGACUAUCCCCAUGUUGGCCACCCCCAUCUCAUCGGUUACGAAGUUGCUGUCCACGAACCUGAAGUCAAACAUGUUGUCAAGCCUGUUCAUCAUGGUCAUGGAUGGGCAUAAAUUCAUAGCUGAGACAUCUCCUGCAAUCGAUUAUCAAUUGGUUCUACCUAUGGUCUUUCAUCUCUUGUCUACUUUGGACAGAUCUCAUCAACAAUUAUCUACAAUCGCUAAAAAUUUCUUAUAAAUUUUUCAUUUGACAAAUUUAUUCAUCAUGGUUUUUUUUUAUAAAAUGUAAUAUAAAAUUAUAAUUUUAUUUGAUUUAGACACAACAUCAGAUUAUUCAGUGAGAAAUAAAGAUAAUAAAAUAA